ACAAGGCAAAAAGGCCCUCCCCCGGAGCACUGCAUUCUGGGAUGCGAAGGCCCAGGCGCGACCUCAGCCAAUGAAGCGCCGCCACGUCACAAGGGCGACGCUGCGCCUCACCCAGCGGCCCCCGCCCGCAGCCCAGCUCCCAGAAGCUGCCUUUGCCCUGCCCUGGCCCCAGGGCCGCGCCCUGCCCGCCCUCCUCGGCCCCAGCAUGGUGGACUACUACCAAGUGCUGGGCGUGCCCCGGCAGGCCUCCACCGACGCCAUCAAGAAGGCCUACCACAAGCUGGCGCUCAAGUGGCACCCCGACAAGAACCCGGAGAACAAGGAGGAGGCGGAGAAGCGCUUCAAGCAGGUGGCCCAGGCCUACGAGGUGCUGUCGGACGCCCGCAAGCGCGGCGUCUACGACCGCUAUGGCGAGGCCGGAGAGGACAGCGGGGCCGCCCCGGGCCGCCCCUGCCACGACCCCUUCGAGUGCGUCUUCAGCUUCCGCGACCCCGCAGACGUCUUCAGGGACUUCUUCGCGGGCCAGGACCCUUUCGCCUUCGAAUUCUUCGGCGCCCCGCUGGAGAACAUCUUCGGGGGACACAGGACCCCCCGCGGAAGCAGAAACAGAAGCAGGGCGUUCACACCCCUUUUCUCCACCUUCACUGAAUUUCCAGCUUUUGGGGGCCACUUCUCUGCAUUCCACCCAAGAUUCACACCCCACGGUUCUAUGAGAAAUGGAGGCCUUUCUUCCUUCUCCAAGUCCUGUGGCAGUGGUGGGACAGACAGCUUCAAGUCUGCGUCCACUUCCACUGAAGCAGUUAAUAGCAAAACUAACACCACUAAAAGAAUCGUGGAGAACGGCCAGCAAAGGAUGAAAGGGGAAGAAGACUGAGCGUUAAAAUCUCUGGCAAAGAGCAGGCAAUAAAUGGCAAAGAGCAGUUGCAUUGACACCUAUAUAAUUCCCUUUGAUUUAGUACAUUUCGAGAAAUAGCAGUUUGUAAGAUUGUAAGUAACCUCUAUUUUCAGAACAAGUGUAUCUAAGAUUAUAUAAACAGUUCAUACCAAAGCCUAUUUGUAAUUAUUGUUUGGACCAUACAAAUAGGAUCUCUGAGGGUUUUUUAAAUUUGUAAAUAUCUAUAUGCACUUUGCUAUUUAUUAAAUUUAAAGACAGAUGAAGAUAAUUUCCAAGUGCCUAAAAAACUUGUUCUCCACAGCUCCUUAAACAAUACUUUUCCCCAUUUGUUGGGAAACAGCCAGGUAGCAUGCAUGCUCUGAAUGGCUUAACUUCUGAAUGAUUUAAUUAUUUUUUAACCACAUUUUCCUGAAAUGUGUAGUACUAGUAGAUUAAAUUGAAGAUGGGUUGAAGUAGUACAUAAAUGCUAAUGAUGUAGGAAGAGUUGACUAUUAUGUAGGUAAAAUGUUGAACCUAGGCUUUUACAAAGCAAGUAAACCUGGUAAAGUGAAUGUAACUAGUCCUAGGGCUUCUGUAAAAAAUUAUGAAGGCUGAGAGCAAAAUAUUUAAGUCAUUGCCUCAAAGUCUCAUGGUGUUGGUGACCUAUCAGGACUGCACUCAGUCUGACACAUUCUGGGACUACAAAAGAAAUUUUCCAGGGCCACACCAACCUAUUGCCAUGCUGGGGACAUGUUCAGAGUAGCUACAUAAAUGCUAGGUUCACCUGAAAGUGUUGAGCAGGUGAAGUGCCAAAUGUACAGCUGAGAAAAUCACAUGUCGGCACAGCUGGUGUCCCACAUGAGGACCUUUUGGGAUUUGAUUGUCUUGGUAGGGUCCCCACAAAGUGUCCUAUCCUCCAUUGUCACGUCCUUACAUUGCCCAAGAAAAGUAAAAAAGGAAAACUGAAGAAGGCUAACAAAUGCAUAAAGUCUGUAACUGCAGAGAAAUCAUGGGACUUGAGUAUAUUGUCACAUGCUUGGAACAUGUGAGAAUAGGUUUAGAUACAAUUGAGUGCCCCAAAGGCUGGCCUGCAUGAUAGGACACAUAAUUCAUGGCAUGAAAAGGGGAUUCAGGAUUCCCAUGGGAGUAUGGGGAAGCUGAAGAAACCAUUUAAAAAUAAAAGGUCACAGAGACACCUGGGCCGUUGCUUCCUAUGUGAUAAGUGAAUACCUUACCAGGGUUUGAACUUACCCAGGAUUUGAAAAGAUAAAGUUGGUUUACCCAUAGGCAAGGAAAGUCUUACGAGUGAAGUGGGUUGCUGUGGUGGAUUGGGCUCUGAGAAAGUGAGGGGUGUUAGGAAUUUGGGGAUGAGAAGGAACCGGCCAUGUUCCAUGGUUGUGUAUAGUG